CCACCCAAAAAAAAACAAAAAAACAUCGUGCUAUAUACAAACCAACAAUCUAAUCACCUCCACAAUCUUAUCUCUCUUAUCAAAACUCACACAGACAAAUCCCUCCAUUUUCUUCUCGUUUUCUUGAAUUCUCCCAUAGUCACCCCUCGAAAUCCUGAAAAGCAAAGGGAAGGUGGGAAGAGAACGGAAUUUAGUGCCCCAAACGUUUCGGAUCUUGCCUUUGCAAAAUUGCACCACAUUUACACGCUUUGCUACUAUAAGAAGGACGACUACCCCUUGAUGUCAUGUAGUCUAGGUUGGUCCAAGAUACGCAAAAGCAGAAAGAAAAUGAAGAUAUUUGAAUAAUGGUGCUGGAGACCUGCCAGAGGAGAGCGAAGAUGUUUUGUUGUCAAAAAGAAGGAAAAAAGGGAUAAAGCAAGAUUUUUAAGAAGUAGAGACAGAUUGAGAGGAAAAGGGACUUAUUCUAUAUUGAACAAUGGCGUCACAGGUCACUCAGGAGGAUUACGGGGCAAAUCGACUGUAUCCCUUGUUAUAUAUCCUAAGAAAUGUAUGUGCACCAGCAUUGGCCAGUUUAUUUGUACAGAAUUUUAAGGAUACAAAGUAUGUUAAGGAUCAAAAAUAUGAAGAAAUUGCAAAAAUGAACCUGUAUGAGCUAUUGAGAAAAGUUCACAAUAAAGGCAAAAAGGAAGAAGAGAAAAAGAAGAAAAAACAAACAGACAACUUACAGAGUUCUUCCGCAGUCUCAAAAACAUUGCACAUAAACAACCUAGGUACCAAUGCCGACAUUUUGAGCAGGAUAUCGGUGAGAGAUCUCCUAGUUGAGAGGCCAAAACAAUUAGAAAUAAAAGGUGAUCUGUCAAAUAUUGAUGUGACCUUUCUCUUGAACGUCCUCACAAAUGAAAUUCUUGAAUUCGACUUGGAUCUCAGACCACUGCAGGUCAUAAGGAGCAUCAGAAACAAAAUUUUCCACUCGGGUUCAGAAAUUGAAUGCACAGAAAUUAGCCUGAACAAGCUUUGUGAAGCAGCUGAAAAAGUGCAUAAGUACAUAGGUGAAGCAGUUGACAUACACAGCAAGAGGGAAGAGUCUCUGAGUCUUCCGCAGUGCUUGGACACCUUAGCAUGCAAUAUAAUAGAGGAACUGAAAAGCGAGGUCACUUCAAAGUACCAGAAUGGUGGUCGUGCUGUCCUUCCUCCAAUCACCGAUAUUGGAUGUCAGAGCAAAGUAGAUAUGUGGAAAUAUAUUGAGGACCUAGUCCAAAUUCCUCAAGGGCAAAGGAAUCCCAUCGUGAUGUGUGGAGCCUCAGGAAGUGGGAAAACUUCUGUCCUACAAAGUGUUGUGGCCUCCAUGUGUGAGAAGAAAGAAUCUCCUUUUCAGUUAGUUUUAUACUUAAAACUGUACAAUAAUCCCAGUGAGAUGGCUAUGUGGGAAGGUAUGUUAAAAAGUAUUGAAGAGCAGUAUCCUAAGACAGUAAAGAAAUAUGAUAUUAUUUAUAUAUUGGAUGCCUUAAGAAUGUAUGCAAAUGAUAUUUUGUUUCUAGUUGACUGGAAUUUAAAGGAUGCCAAACACAUUCCUCUAGCAAAUAUGGUAAACGGGACAUGGGUGUUGACAUACCAAGGUGAGUGUGAGAGUUUAAGUGCCUUCCAGAUCCUUCAAGUGAAGCCUCUUACUGAAGAUUUAGUACAAGACAUUUUGAAGAGUCUCAAUGGAGAUGAGAGAGAGAAGCAGUACAUGUUAGAAUUAUUUGAUGAGUGUAAGUACAAAGGCAUUUUAAAUACACCUGAGAUGGUUAACAUUUUCAAUGAAAUUAGAAGAUCAGUACCAUGUAAAGAAAUGUUCGAGUAUUUUAUCAGAAAAAAAAUUAGAUGCUUCACUACAGAUAAUGACCUAGAAUUGAUUGAGAAGCUCACAUCUAGAAAUAUGGAUACUAAAGAUUUAGUACAAGAGAUUUUGAAGAGUCUAAAUGGAGAUGAGAGAGAGAAGAAGGACAUGUUAAAAAAUGAUCUUCUUACUGAAGAUUUAGUACAAGACAUUUUGAAGUGUCUGAAUGGAGAUGAGAGCAAAAGGGAGAACAUUUUAAAAUUAUUUGAAGAACCUAAGUACAAAGGCAUUUUAAAUACACCUGAGAUGGUUAACAUUUUUAUUGAAAUUAGAAGACUGGUUCCAUUUAAAGAAAUGUUAGAGUACUUUAUUAGAAAGAUAAUUAGAUGCAUGAAAAUAGGUAAUGACCUAAAGCUGAUUGAGAAGCUCACACUUAGAAAUGUGAUAGAAAAUGAGGGGUUCUAUAAAGAAAAAGAUUUAGAGUCUGUAAAACCUGAAAUAACAGACUCAUUUUUCUUAAAGGAUGCCAAAGGCUUAUCAUUUAGAUAUAGAGUUAUAGAAGAAUUAUUUGCUGCCAGGUUUAUUCAAAGAGAAGAAGAAGAAGAAACCAAAAGAAUGUUAGAAAAAUAUCCAACUCAGAUUCCCUUGUUAAAGAGAGUAAUCAAAUUUGCCUGUAUUUUUUGGUGUGAAUAUGACCUGAUAAGGAAGAAGUUGUAUUUCAUAAAGCCAUAUCUUUCCCAAGUUUUGAAUGUAGAUGAUAUCAAAUGCUACAAGAAGAGAAAGAAAGAGGAAAUGGAUUAUAUUUUUGAGGAUGAUUCUGAAACUGGCAGCCAAGAGAAUGCUUUUACAAAGUGGUCAUACCUUGUUAAUUUUGUUGAAGCCUGUGGAUGCAGACAAGAAAUUUUAAAUCUUCUUGGUGAAAUCAUUGGUCAGAAAGAUGUUUGGCUAUUCAAAUGCAAAUUCUUAAAUGAAGAAAAAAUUCCAGUUCUUGAGAAAAUCCUAAGAAAUGUGAAGUAUAGCAGACCAAAAACAGUCAGAUUGGAAAGUGGCGUGAAAUGUGAAAUCCUAAAUAUGGUGUGGAACAUUUUGGGAAACCUGCCAUUAGAAAAUAAGAUGUUGGUCCGGAUAAAUAUAGUGGGAAGGAAAUGUCCAAGUGUAUCUCUUGCAAAUUUGGAGAAUUUAAUUAGAGAUAUAGUGAAUGUAACAAACCCCUAUCUCCAGCUAUUAAAUUACGUGGGACCUUUUGUAUACAAAGGAGAGAAAGAAUUUAUGGAAUGCCUUUGUGUUAAAGAUCAUUUAAGAUUUUUGGAUGUAAUUGUUAGAGAUAAGGCAUCCUUUGCAGAAAGCAUAAACUGCAAAGGACUAGCCAAAUUAAUAGAAUCAAAGGUCAAGGUGAAUCUAAAAUCUGUCACAGAAAACAAAAAGACUCCAACAGUGUCUGAAGAUAAACCUCCUACUCUAACAGUUCGGUAUCAGAGUGGUAUUUUGAAUCUGCUGCAUGAAUUUAAUUGUUCACAAUAUCUAAAGUACUUAAGCAUGGAUGGGAUUGUUAUCACAGAAAAGUUCCACAUCAACCUGGAAGCUUUUACAAGUCUGGAAUGUUUAUUCAUCAAGUGCAAUCCAGAAUCUUACACUAGAAAUCAGGCAGUCAUUACUGGCACUGAGCCAAUGGAGGUAGAUGGAAGUGAACAAGGUGACGCCAGUGCUACAGUGCUGCCUUUUAAAGAUUGGGUUUUCAAGCUAGCGAUGCACACCAAACUUCCAAAAGGGUUGGAGAGACUUAUGCUCCAUAACAUGAGUUUCUGUAAUGAUUCAAAUGUCUCAAUUCUGAUUGAGAAGUGGAAGAACUUACAGAGAUUAAUGAUAUUAGACACCAAUGUAUCUGUUACAGGAGCAUAUGACAUUGUCAAGGAGAAGGAAAAUGAGAGACCAGAACCUUCAUUUGAAAAUGGUGCUGAUGUUGAGCAGCACUUAAAGAAAAAGUGUCACAUAUCCACUUCGGACAUAUCUCAUAACAAAGGGUGCAACAAGUGUCCACGUUUAACAAAAAAGGAGCGGAAAGCACAGAGUAAAGAAAAACCUUUAGGCAGAGAAUUAAUAAUUACCUCAAACCAAGAUCUCUGCCGUAAAUGCAAGAAUUUCCCGUGCUCUUGCACACUCAUGGAUGGUGAAGACAGCAGAGAGACAUUUGACAGCAUUAAAAAUCUUAUCAGAGCCUCUUAUGAAUGUGACUACCUUUCCUUCAGCUAUACUAAUAAAAUCUUUACCGUGAGGAAGAAUAUGCACAAGGACUUGAGAGUCCAUAUUCCCUUGCCUUCAUUGGAUGAUGACUUAGUGCUCAAGUUGCAACUGUAUACUAGUGGGAAAAGUGUAUUUGAAGAUGCACAACUCUCUCAUAAUGGUGCUGACAAAGCUGUUAAACUUUUGCAGCAGCUUGAUUCUUUGAAAGGUGUAUUUGAAUCUUUAAUCAUAGUACAAUAUAUCCAACUUGAGCUCACAAAACUUUCUCACAAAGGUGCUACAAAAGUUGCUCAAUAUCUGAUAGAUUUGAAAAAGUCAUACAAUGAACCGUUUUCUCUCGCCAUUUUGACCACUGAGCACCCACGUUCAGCUGAAGCAGUUAAAUUUAGUUAUACUGUCAAAUUCCUAAGAGAUGAUAAAAACCUGUCAUACUUUUAUUUCCAGUGUUCAUGUAAAAAGAGGUGCCUCAGUUUAAAGAAGACACAUAACUGUGACAUAUACAUUAAUAAUGAAAUUUUAGAAAAGUAAUUAGAUCUCUCUCACUCACUCACUUUUGCUGCUUGUAUAUCCCUCUCCCCUUUCCCUUUCCCUCUGUCUGCUUGUAUAUCCUUUCUCCUCUCCCUCUCCCUCUCCUUCACUCUGCAUGUAUAUCCCUCUCUCCUCUCCCUCUCCCUCUCCCUCUCCCUCUCCUUCAUUCUGCUUGUAUAUACUUCUCUCCUCUCCCUCUUCACACAUGUUGAGGAAUGGAGGAUAGAACUAAAGGAGUGUGGGAUUGUUGGUGAAUUGGAGCAAGGAAGCUGCUUACAUAAUGUCGAGCUCUCUGAAAUCUUCAUUGCAAUGCCAUAUUUCAUGUGAUUUACUCUCUUGAGGUUUUUAUAUCUCCAUAGAGAGAGGGGAUACUUCUACAUAUGUGUAUAUCCUCUCAUAAAUAUGUUCAUUGGAAUCUGGAUGGGGUAUUAGCUUUAAGAAUCUCUUUCUCAACAUAUCUCGGCAUUGUUUAGAAAGCUGUUUAUUGAUUUGUAUUCAGUUGUUAUGUUGCAAGUUUUAUACAAAUGAAUUUUUGAUAGUUCCUGAAUUUUACAAGUUCCCUUGUAUGUUUUUAUAAAUGUGUCCCAUAAUUUGUUAUAUAUUUAUAUAUAUUCAGAUACAUAUAUAUAUGUGUAUAGAUAGAUAGAUAGAUAUAAAUGUGUUUGUUUGUUUGUUUGUUUGUUUGUUUAUGUGCGUGUGUGUGUGAGUGAUUGGGCUUGGUAAUUUACAGCAUUACUGAUCCAGGGCAGCUGACUCCCACAUUUUAGUUUGGGAACUGUGGUGAAUUUCAUCUUAAUGUGUAAAUAUAAGAGAAUGCAUAAAAUGUGUCAAAAAAAGAAAAAUUAUAUAUAUAUGCUAUGUAUUUUUAUUGAUUACUUCUGUGAUUUGUAUUUUUAAAGUUCAGUUUUUAAUCUUUAGCUUAAUAGUAAGUUGUAUUUUUGACUUUUAAGGAGUGUGAUUUUAACAACAAAAGUCACAGACAUUUUUAUAAGAAAGAACUGAUUUUAUAAAUACAUAUACAUAAAGCACACAUU